AUGGCCUUGGGGCUUCUGAGAGCAAGGAAAGAAAAGGCAUUCUUGUUAUUUCGUGAUGUGUCUGUGGACUUCACCCAGGAAGAGUGGGCGCUAUUGAGCCCUGUUCAGAGGACCCUGUACAGGGAUGUGAUGCUGGAAAACUAUAGAAACCUAGUCUCCUUGGGAAUUCCGUUUUCCAAACCAACACUGGUUAUUCUGCUGGAGAGGGAGAAGGAACUCUGGAAAGAGGAGAGACAAUGUCUGCCCAGCCCUAGUUCAGUAGAUACAAAGCCAGAAAUUCAACCCUAUUCCUCCUCUCCUCUGGCCUUCUGCAAACAGCAAUUAUGCCAGUGUGUGCCACCUGAUCAUCACCUUCAAGUCAGCCCAAGCUUGUCUGCAAGAACUCUCCAGAUAGGAGAUCUAUGCCCAAUAGAUCAGAAACAGCAGCAGCCACCACUCUCAUAUCAAAGCUUCUGGAAUGACAGAGUGGAAGGCCAAAACAGAGAAAAUGGCACCAGAUCUUUUGGGGAGAACACAAGAGAAAGAGUUAACUCAAGGACCCUCUCUAGCCCACCAGAAGGACAGCUGAUAAGCUCUAGUGAAGGCACCACGGUGGUGGAAAUAAAGCUCAGUUCAGCUGAGAAGGCAAGCCCUGUAAAAACAAGCAAAGUAUUAAAGUGUGUAGAAAUAUCAGGGUUUGAAGUAGUCAAUUGUGGAAAUUGUGGGCUAGGCUUUGACCAGAAGUCAGUCCUCUUUAGUCAGCAGAGGACUCUCUCAGGGAGAAAGCCUUAUAUUUGCAGUGAGUGUGGCCGAAGCUUUAGCUAUAAAUCAGCCCUCGUCACACACAGGAGAUCACAUAUGGGGGAAAAGCCUUAUCUCUGCACAGAGUGUGGGCAAGCUUUUAGCCAGAAGUUAAACCUGAUCACACACAAUAUGGCACACUCUGGGGAGAAGCCCUUUGCAUGCGAGGAGUGUGGCCGAAGCUUCAGCCAGAAGUCAACCCUCAUUAGACACCUUAGGACACACUCAGGAGAGAAGCCCUUUGUGUGCAGGCAGUGUGGGCGAGGCUUUAGGGAUAAGUCAAACCUAAUCACACACCAGAAGACCCACUCAUGGGAGAAGUCAUAUAUGUGGAGAGACUGUGGGAGGCUCUUUAGAGACAAAUCAACUCUCAGCAAACACCAGAGAGUUCAUUCAGGGGAGAAUCUUCAUUUGUGCAGUGAAUGUGGCAGGAGCUUUAGUCAGAAAUCAUAUCUCCUUAAACACAAGAGGACACACUCAGGAGAGAAGCCUUUUGUGUGCCAGGAGUGUGGGCGAGGUUUUAGUGAUAAGUCAAACCUUACCACACACCAGAGGACACACUCCAGGGAGAACCCAUAUACAUGUCUGGAGUGUGGGCGAGGGUUUAGUGUUAAGUCAGCUCUCAUUACACACCAGAGAACACACUCCGGAGAGAAGCCUUACCUGUGCAGAGAAUGUGGGUGAGGCUUUAGACAUAAGUCAACUCUCAUUACACAUCAGAGGACACACUCAGGUGAGAAGCCUUUUGUGUGCAAGAAAUGUGGGCGAGGCUUUAGACAGAGGUCACACCUCAUCAGUCCAAGAACACACUCUGGGGAGAAGGCUUUUGUUUGUACAGAGUGUGAGCAAGGCUUCAGUCAGAAAGCAAAUCUAGUCAGGCACAAGAUGGCCCACUCAAGGGAGAAGCCCUUUGGGUGCAGGGAUUGUGGACAAGGCUUUAGCCAGAAGUCAGCCCUCUUGAGACAUCAGAGGACACAUUCAGGAGAGAAGCCUUACAUAUGCAGAGUGGAGCGGGGCUUUAGUGAUAAGUCAACCCUCAUCACACAUCAGAGAACACAUUCGGGAGAGAAGCCUUAUGUUUGCAGUAAGUGUGGAGAAGGCUUUAGGCUGAAGUCACACUUAAUUAGACACCAGAGGACACACUUAUAG